CUGUCGUGGAAGGGGGGAAGAGCUCUGUUAGUUGAUGUCAGCAAAUAGCCAAAAAAAUUGCUAAAGUGCAGAAAUAACAAAGGCCAAGUACAUGUGGAAUUAAAUGCAAGCAGCUUCUAUUCUGCGCCUAUUUAAACAGCAAACAUAGUUCUAUAUUCCAUACUUCGUUUUAUUUUUCCCUUAACGGUCAGAGGUAAUGGAUUCUCUGUGGAUAACAGGAAGAUGGUUCUGCUAUCAGCUGUGAUUGGAACGAUGAAGAUUCUUAUAACAUAAGACAGCAGGAUGGGUUCAUUUCUGGAUAAGCCAAAGACAGAGAAACACAAUGAGCAUGGUUGUGGUAAUGGGUUACGCUAUGGAGUCGCAAGCAUGCAAGGAUGGCGAGUGGAAAUGGAAGAUGCCCACUGUGCUGUCACUGGGCUAGGUGAAGAGCUGAAGGAUUGGUCAUUCUUUGCCGUGUUUGACGGUCAUGCUGGUGCCAGAGUUUCUGCCCAUUGUGCAGAUCACUUGCUAGAAUGCAUUGUACAAACAGAGGAGUUCCGACAUGAUGUCAUCAAGGGCAUCCGCUCAGGUUUCCUGCACCUGGAUGACCGCAUGCGAGAACUUCCAGAAUUGGCCAGUGGAGAGGAUAAGUCAGGAUCAACAGCUGUGUGCGCACUGGUAUCCCCACGCCAAGUAUAUGUAGCCAACUGUGGAGAUUCUCGUGCAGUGCUGUGCCGUUCUGGCGAACCAGUUUUUGCCACACUAGACCAUAAGCCCGUCCUGCCAAGUGAAAAGGAACGCAUUCUGCGUGCAGGAGGCAGCGUCAUGGUCCAGCGUGUUAACGGAUCACUGGCUGUAUCUCGUGCACUUGGUGACUACGAGUACAAGAAUGUAGAAGGACGUGGUCCCUGUGAGCAGCUGGUCUCUCCUGAGCCCGAAGUGUUCGUAAUGGACAGAGAUGAGGAACGGGACGAGUUCCUGGUGUUGGCCUGUGAUGGUGUGUGGGAUGUCAUGUCCAAUGAGGACCUUUGCGACUUCGUGAGAUCCCGACUUGCUCUUACUAAUGACCUCGAGAACAUUGCAAAUCAAGUUAUAGACACCUGCCUUUAUAAGGGCAGCAGAGAUAACUUGAGUUUUGUGCUAGUCACCUUCCCAGGAGUUCCACAGCCGUCUUCAGAAGCCAUUCAACAAGAAGCUGAACUUGAAGCCUCAUUAGAAAGGAGAAUAACAGAAAUGGUUCGACAGGCGGAUGGAUUACGGUUUGUUCAUGUCUUUCAGACAUUGGCAGAUGAAGACAUCCCUGGUUUGCCUCCUGGUGGAGGUCUUAGUGCCAAGAGGAACUUCAUUGAAAGUAUCUACAAGAAACUUUGUCCAAACCAAGCAGACAGUGCAUCUUCAUAGAGUGCAAGUUUAAUGUGGCGCAAAAAGAGGACUUGAUGAUGCUGCAGUGUCAGCAUGUGCCGGUGUAUUGCUGGGUGAAAUGAGUGGCAGACAUCUGGCAUCCAAGAUUUAAAUGUUGGAUUUUGUUCCAUGUAAUUUUUUUACUGAUGGGGCUGUUUGUCACCAUAAGGAUUUGAAAUACAGUAUACUUUGUCAGUACCUUAA